AUGUUACCGGCCCCUGUGAUUCCACAAAAAGGCUUGCUGACAAUCUCACCACACUUUUCUGCGCUUCCGCGAGAAAUCCAUGCCCAUGUUGCUUUGUUUCUGGGUCCUCACGACCUCCAAUGUCUCAGUCAGACGUGUGUUUACUUACAUCAUGCGUAUCACGACUUAUCAUUUGCUAAGUGUAUCGUUGUAACCAAAAAGGCGCCUGAGAUUGGCAAAAGGGGUUUAUCAGAAUCAGAGUUGAAUGCGUCUUGGGUUGCUUUUUGCACCCAGCGCAUGAUUCCUGUUGAAGCAGUGAAGUACCCAGAACGUUACAGCUGGUUUGCAUGUCAUAGUGUUGAACAUCUAUACCUUGAGGGGUUUAUAGAUUGUAUUGUGGAUGAAAAGAGUGGGGGGUUACGGUUUUGUGUAGGUAAGUAUAGUGCACUUAAAGGAAUAUAUAUUAAGAAUGGAGGAUCAGAUGAAUGGUUGGGGCCAAAGAGCGGAGAUAUCAAGAUUACGAAAUUUACAUUAAAUGGACAUUUAAUUCAAAAGGUGGCGCAGCAGUUCAAGUACAAACAGGAAGGUCUUUUGAAAAGAAUUGAAAAUAAGAGAAAUAAUAUCAGAGUUACGUAUAAGGUGAUGGCAAGAGUUUUGGAAAAAGAAAAUCACAAAGACGCAGGAAGACCUAACAAGUUUACAAAAGGCAAUCAUAGUAAAAACAAUAGUAUUUCGACACUGUAUAGCAGCAUUAGCAAUCAUACCGAAAUAGAUGGCAAUAAAUCUAUUAAAGAUGUGUCUCAUGGAGUGUCGUCAGCAAUCUUGAACGAUUUCCGAAACGUGAAAAUAGUACUAGACAAGCUUCGGAAUGUUAAGAUUGAAUCAAAUUUAUUGAAUAUAGUUCCAUUCAGUUGGAUUGAGUACCUUUUUACACAAGUUUUACAGUGGCCUUGCCUUGAGAGUUUGGAUUUUGGCACAUUAUGUGUUUAUUUUCAAUUGUGGAAAGAUGUUGGUUACGACAGUGCUCCUUCUGAAAACAUUAUGGUAGACAGUGCUUUAAAGCUUUUAGCCAAGGCUCAAGGCAGCUGCAAUAUUACUACUACUAAUACUACUCAACAGUGUAAAAGUAAUUUUAGAUGGAAUGAUUCAUACCAAAUUUUUAGGGGUGGAAAGAGUUAUCAGCCCACAAUGAAGCAGUGCAAACUAACUAUAAAAUUGAUGGAGUGGAAUUCUCUGAGUCAAAAUAAGUCUACGAUAAGUGCCAUUGAAGGAACGAUAAAAGUUGGAUUGGUGACCCACCUGGAAUUACACCAGGACUGCAUAUCAAUAAUACCGUUGGACCAGAUACUUGAGUUUCCAAAUGUUUUCUCAGUUAAAAACGUUGAGGGAUUAGCUCAAAAUAACGUAAGGUUAGGUUGGGGACAAAUGGCUCCUAAUCUAGUAGAGCUGGAUGUUGCACUGGAAAUGAUUUGCAGCACAUUGAUGGUACAAGGCCUAGUUUCCAUGACGAGUUUAAAGCGAUUGCAGCUUUUUAAAAAGCAUCCCGGAGCGGAGGAAUUCCAUUUACGGAAUUUAAAAGACCCUGCGGUUGCCUUGAAUGAAGCAGCAGCCCGAGACCCGCUUUGGCAAGAGCGUAUGUUUGUUAGCCAUUAUUUUGAAAAGGGUUCUAGCGCUACGGAGCACCUGACUUGUGCUGCUGCUCAAAUUUUCGGGUCCAAACUUAUUGGUGAAGAGGUGAUGCACAUGUUGGAUUUGAUUUCGGAAGCUCCGAAAGAAAGUUUUGAAGCGAUAUCGGAGGUUUUUUCACCGGGAACUACUGGCGUUGACAACGAUAUGUCAUGA